UAUCCAACAAUGGAUAACAUAGCCCUUGUGGCCAAACAUGUAAAGAUAAGAUUUGUAAUUAUCUUUAAUCUGAUAUCCUCCGUUCCUUUUUCCACGUCACCAUCAUCAUUUAUCUCUGCGCUUCUCUUUCUCUCUCUCUCUCUGUGCCGAUCUGCGCUUCUCUCUCUCUCUGUGCUGGCCGAUCUUCAUUCUGUGCUGGCCGAUCUUCAUUUUUUUGAGAUUCUGAUCUUCUCCACAGUAGUUUGGCUGGUUUCUCUUUAUCUUUUUUUCUCUCUGGCUGCCUCUUCAUCUUCUUCCUCUCUAUUUUAAAAAGAAAGAAAAGUCUCCGGCGUGUCUUCAGGCGUGUCCGAUCGUGUCCGGCGACUCUUCCAGUGUGUCCAAUCGGUGUCCGGCCGUGUCCGAUUAAUUAAAAAAUACAGGACGCGAUGUGAGAGUGUCGGACACGUGUCCGAGCCUCUGACACGAGUGUCCGUGUCGGACACGUGUCCGAGCCUCUGACACGAGUGUCCGUGUCGGACACGUGUCCGACACUGGUACGCCGACUAUGGUAGCCGUGUCGGUGCUUCCUAGAUGCUACCUUAUUAUUAUUUUUUUCUUUCCCAAACCUACUUAUAUUUGCUUGUGCUGAUGCGCUACAUUUCCACGUCAAACCUUUUUAGACAUAAUUUUCUUGCAUUUCGCAACUAUCUGUGUGGGUGGGAUAUUAUGUGUCUGUUUUCUGGACUCAUUUGUUUCUUAUACUUUUUUUGCUUCCUAGCGAUGGUAACUACCUCCAGAAUGUAAAUGUUAGUUAUACUUUCACAGAUCAAACUCUCUUCUUAAUUGCUGUUUGUUGUUCUUUCUGCUUGAUAUUUUGGGAGAUAAUAGAUGUGAAUUUUUGGGACUCAAGGCAGCACAGGACAACUCCCUCCCUUACUCUCGCGAACAGAAUUGUGGGGUGUUCCAUGAAAUAGGCAUGAAUCCAUCAUCUAAAAAAAACGAAGAAGAGGAUAAAAAAUGGUUGAAUUUAAAACCUGAAAAAUGCUACCUAAAGCACUACAGUACAAGUUUAAGUGAGAUAGGAAACAGAUGGAAAAAUGGUUAUUUGACUCCAGUAGCAUCUUGAACAUCAUCAUAUUCGUGUUUUUUUUUUUUGAAGAUAUUUUCUUGUCCUUUUUGAGAUUUAAGAAGAGCUGUACCUCGUCACUCUUAACAUUGAGGCUCAUUAUGAUUUCCAGAAUACUGCAGGUAGGAAACCUUCAAUGAAAGCUGGAACUGUGAGCAAAUACGUGGCUCAAAUGGCCAACAAUACUGGGAUUUCUCUUUGCCUAAUAUGUACUUGUAAAUGUUAUUAGGAGGUAUUUUUCAUUGUAGUUAUGGUUCCCAAUCGGUUUUAUCCUUGUUGUGAUUGGAUGAACUAAGUUGUAAAACUUAUAAGGUUGGAACUAGGAACUCCAGAGGACCUUCCCCUUCUGACCGAGUUCUCUUAUAGCAUCUCUCUCUUCAUUGUACAUAAAAUUGAAGAAAGCUAGGACAUAAUUCGUUAGAUGAAAUUGGUGUUGUGUCACCAUCAUUUUAUGAUGCUGUAAUGAAAUGCAUACCAGUAUAUCCCGAAAAUUCAAAUCUCUCUCACGUUUCAUUAAGCAUUCCGCGGAUGAUUGGAAAACUCCAUUGACUUUCACUACCAGUUACUCAGUAGAAGGAUUUGAUGAUGAAUGUAAACUGGGGAUUGCUUUAUUCUUAUCGUAUUCUUUUCUUUUCCUAAAUGUUUUGGUGGUGGCACACCGGUGUUUUGACUUGGAAUUUGCAUAGUAAUGAAAAUGCUAUAAGCAUGACUUUGUCCAUUGUGUCAUUGUAUUUCUUUGGCUGUAGUGGUAUUUUCCUAUGCUUAGCAUUGUCUUAUAGUUGUAGUGUUUUAUGCUGCUGCUCUCUCCAGAUCUGGUUUAUUAUAUAAAAAUAAUAAUUCUGUCUCGAACAUGAGAAAAACUUCCCUGCAACAGUGAUAUUACACGAUGAAUGCAUGUAUUUACAUAGGUACUUCACCAAAUGCCAAGAUUUUAGUGAUAUCUGGCAAACUACUAAAUCUGGUAUUAAUUCAACAACAUAAAAUUUGUUGAAUUGUUGGAUUGGAUCAUAAAUAUAUCCUAUUAGAUUUGGUGAAUUUUAAAAUUCUCGGGGAAGUUUUAUGACUUGUAGUUAAAAUAGUGUUUGGGAAUAUAUAAUGUUUUUAGCUUGGUUCACAGUCAGAGAUUUUGUUACUACAAAUAAGUCAAUAAAUAUGAGAUUUAAUAAAUUUUAAUGUUCCUUUUUAUUUAUUAAAUCUCAUAUUUAUUGACUUAUAUGUAGUAACAAAAUCUCUGACUGUGAACCAAGCUAAAAACAUUAUAUAUACCCAAACACUAUUUUCACCUUUUAGGGUUUGAAUUAGAUUACCAAGAAUGAAAAGAAAUGACUUUAAGAUAUAGAGAAUGUGGUCUGAUGGCGGAUGACUUUGUUUUCUUGAUUUUUUGUUUUUUUUUUCUUUCCAUGAACAGCAUCUGUAUGCUACAAGUGGUUUGAAGAUCUUUAGAGUUAGAAGAUUUCAUGUCUGGGAUUUCAUAUUUAGACCCUAAAUUGCUAAUUAUUCUAUGGGUGUCACGGUGCGUUUUAGGGUUUGAUUUAGAUUACCAAGAAUUAAAAGAAAUGACUUUUAAGACAGGGAGAAUGUGGUCUGCAGGUGGGUCACUUUGUUUUCGUGAUUGCUUUUCUUGAACUGCUUUUGUAUGCUACAAGAGUGGUAUGAAGAUCUUUAGAGUAAGAAGAUUUCAUGUCUGGGAUUUCAUAUUAAUACCCUAAAUUGCUAAUUGUUCUAAUUGGUAUCACGGCCCUUUUGUUCGGUGUUCUUUUUUGGUUGUUAUAUGAUUGAACUAAUUUUAUUUAUGCUGUUACAAUUAUUUUUUUGUGUAUUGCUUACUUCUAUUGGUAUUCAUGAUACAAUUUAAGUUUAAUGUCCAUUGCAAUGCAUGUGUUCCAUUUUUUUUUUCUAUUUAAUAGAUACUGACAGUAUUGACACGCAUUGCUUUCUUUGUUGUGACUUAUUAUCAAUGGGCCUUUAUCAUUUUGGCUCUUGUGUUUUUAGGUUGAUCAAAUAUUUAUUUUUUAGUAAACAAAGCAGAUGAAAAGGCCAGCACCAUAUCCGGAUUCCAAUAACCGAUAUGCUGCUUCCUAAAUGCAGCAUAUGUCUGAUCAGGGAAUGCCACAUAAUACAGGAAUGAAUGACUUUCCUGGACGGACAGACUCUUUUUCUGCCAAGCAAGAGCAUCCAUAUAUUUCCUCAAAAACAGAGGGACAAUGGCAACAGGAUAGAGAUGCACCAAAAGUAUCAAAUCCAAUGAUGUCACACAUGUACAAUGAAGGAUUCAUUGCUCGGCUUUCCAUGGUGGCGGCAGGGGAAGGAACUUCCUCCUACAGAGGUGGCGGAGAAACGGGUGGCAAGUUCCGGAAAAAGCCGUUACGGAGACCCCAGACGACACCGUACAAUCGGCCGCCGACCGCCCUCGGAAACCCUAGAGACGGUUGGCUCUCGAAACUUGUCGACCCAGCCUCCAAACUUAUUUCCGCUAGCGCUCAAAUGUUCUUCUCCUCCGUGUUCCGCAAGCGCCUCCUCCCUCCUCCCCACCCUCACCAGGGCCAAACCAAGAAUCAAGGGACACGCUUCAGAUCUGAGAUUGAUCGUUUGACAGAAGUGUUGCAUUCAAGAUCUGUUGAUUUACCUGUGGGGAACGAGAACAGAAAGACUGAAGCAAAUCUUCCAAAGCCACCAUCUGCUUUUGAGAGGAAGGGCGAAUUUGCAAAUAGUCCAAUGCUAAAAACUGGGACUGAGAACUGUCGAUUACACGGAGGCCUUUCUACUCCUAUUGUCAGUUCAAGAGUCCUUGAAGAGGAUGUUGCUUCACCUGCUGAGCUUGCAAAAGCUUACAUGGGAAGUAGGCCUUCAAAAGCAACAACGCCAACGUUAGCUUUGCGCAGUCAAGCACCAAGGGAAGAUGCAACUUUGCUAAAUAAUAUACAAUUUUCUCCAAAAUCAUCCAUCAUGUCUCUGGCUCCAAAAUCUGCUUUACGUCUUGGGGUCACUGAAAAUGGGUUUAUCACCCCAAGGUCUCGUGGCAGAUCUGCAAUAUACGAUAUGGCGCGGACACCGUAUUCCAGGGUUUAUUCCACUGCUAACCAAAAGGGUGUCAAGUCAAUAAGUGAUGGUUUUGGUGAACCAUCGUCAUCAUCUCAGUAUGCAUGGGAGCAAGAUGGAUACGUUGGAUCUAAACAAGUGGCACAUAAGCGUAGAAGUUGUCUUAGAUAAUGAUAUUGGAUCUGUUGGUCCCAUACGCAGAAUUCGACAAAAGACUAAUCUUCUCUAUCCUAGGAAUCUGAGUAUACCAGUGUCCGGAGGUCCAGUGGGAGUCAGUUCUGAUACGGCUGAACGUCCUUCAUGGUCAACAAAAAAACUGCUUUUAGUGGAUGAACCUAAUCAUAAAGUUUCAACAAUGCUAGGAGAAUAUGGGGAUAACAGUAUUCGUAGUACAAGUUUUACCCAUGUUCCUUCUAAAUCUACUGAGAUGGCUACAAAAAUAUUGCAGCAGCUUGAAAAGUUGAGCCCGAAGGAGAAAUCAUCCGAGGCCAGGCUAGCUGCUGAAAGGGAUAAAUCACCCACUAAGUUGAAACCAAGUGGAAAGGCUUUUAGAAGCCCGGAAGAUGUUGAUGCAUCAAGGUUUCUUCAAAAUGCCAUAGAUGAUCGUAAGUUGGAGGAUUCACACACCACCAGUUUACCUGAUGCUCGGGACUCUUCUUCUCAAAAGCAAGACAAAAUUGAAGAAAAUGACCCAAAAGCAUUGCGCAUUCCUUCUGACAUGUGAACUCCUACAGUAAAUAUUGUGGAUGCUACAGUUCCAGUUAAAGAUGCUGUACCCAGUUUUAAAAAUACAGGUCCUGCAACUGCAAAUUUUGUGCCUUACCUCCACAAAAGAAACGGGCUUUUCAGAUGAGUGCGCAUGAGGAUUCUCUGGAGCUGGAUUAUGAUGUACAUUCUAAUGGUGGCAGUGGCACCUCUAGACCAUUGAAAGGGAGAGAAAAACUGAAGACAUCUGUUGUGGAAAGCGAGGCCGUUGGUACUGAAACCGAAGCAGCAGACAAAAAAUCAGCUUCAUGUGAAUUCAAGCCUCCUGCAGGUUCUGAAUUCAGCCAAAGAACUGGUUUGGAGACUAAUAAUGGGUCUGUGGCGGGCGAGAAAAGCUUCGUCUUUACCUUCCCCCUUACUGCUGCUCGCAGCUCGACUCUCCAGCAAACUUUGCUUACUCCACAAUCAACUUCAGGAGUUGAUAAAAUUGUUCCAUUAAAAAAAGCAAGUGUUCCUCCUCCCUUGUUUAGUUUUGGUUCUAAAAAUGUUGAUAAAGUUCCACCAUUCGAAAUUCCUUCCUCAUCUCCUGCUAGUGAAUCUCCAUACCUCAAAUAUAGUGCUUUGUUGGACCCAAAACCAGAAGGCUCGAAUGGGUCAGUGUUCUUUCUUCUCAUAAUAUCAUUUAUGAUGAUUUGAACAUUUAUUUUGGCUUUUA